CAUGUCUCAGACUGCCAAGUCCGCUGCCAGCCAGGGCACUGAUGCCAAGGACAAGGGCACCCCUGCCCCCGCUGCCUCCAGCAAGGCCACCAAGACCGGGGACCCCAGCAUGGGUAACUACAGAAUCAUGCUGUACGAUCAGGAGAACUUCCAGGGCAGGAUGGUAGAGAUCCAGAACGAGUGUGUGAACAUGUGCGACCAUGGCAUGGACAGAGUGCGCAGUCUGCGCGUGGAGUGUGGCCCCUGGGUUGCCUGGGAGCAGAGUAAUUUCCGUGGGGAGAUGUUCAUCCUGGAGAAGGGGGAGUAUCCUCGCUGGGAUACCUGGUCCAACAGCUACCGCAGCGACUGCAUCAUGUCCUUCAGGCCCAUCCGCAUGGACCCCCAGGAGCACAAGAUCUGUCUGUUCGAGCUGUCUGACUUCAAGGGCAACAAGAUGGAGAUCCAGGAAGAUGAUGUGCCCACCCUCUGGGCACACGGCUUCUGCGACAGGGUGGGCAGCGUGAGAGUCUCCGGAGGAGCGUGGGUCGGUUACCAGUACCCUGGCUACAGAGGCUACCAGUACCUGUUUGAGUGUGGCGACUACAGACACUACAAUGAGUUUUGUGCCUUCCAGCCUCAGAUACAGUCCAUGCGCCGUGUGAGGGACAUGCAGUUCCACCAGCGUGGCUGCUUUACCUUCACCGCUGCCAGCAAGUGAGCUCCCCCUGCUGGCAACCUCCGGCACUGCACUGGGCUCACAGCGCUUUUUAUCCC